AUAUUUCAAAUUUGAAAAGUAGUUGCGUCUGGGCCGCGACAAACAUAUAUGUUCACGCACACAUCACCAAUCAGCAGGUGAAAUUGUGCCGGGUUGCCCGAAGCUGAGUGCCCUAUAUACAACUGGCGAUUUAUAAUAUUCGUCAAAAAUAAAAACAGAAAAUCCAAAAAAAAAAUAUAUAUAAAUUCGUGUACCACAGAGCAUAAGCCAUGGUAACGGUUGGACUUUUAUCGAGCCUGCUCUGCGGCCGCGGUGUUGGCAGCGGCGUUGUCUGCAUUCUAGCGCGCAUCGCCAGCCCUAGAGUUAAUCUCAAUCUAAAUCCACGUUGCCUCAGCUUCUUGGGCAGCAUCAAUAAGGGAAAUGGCAGACCAUCGGCCUCAUCAUUAUCCUCAUCAACAUUGCCUUCAACAACCACGACAGCGACAACAAUAUUGUCACCGCUGCUUGUCGCCAGAUAUCGCAGCUAUGCGCGUCUUAGCACUAAAUCAAACUCGCACUGUGCCAACGCCAACAAGACGGACACCAAAUCCUCAUCAACGGCCACCACCACCACCACCAAUGUGUCCAACUCCAACGAACUGUUUGGCGAGGCGGCAAACAUGGGCCUCUUCGCCAAGUUCAAGCACAUGUAUAAGCAAUAUUGGUAUGUGCUUAUACCUGUCCACGUGAUAACAUCGAUUGGAUGGUUCGGCGGCUUUUACUACCUAUCAAAAAGCGGCGUCGACGUGCCUGCCGUGCUUCAGUACUUACACCUGAGCGAGAACAUCAUUGAGAAGGUGCAAGGCUCUGAUAUGGGCCACUACGCGAUCGCCUAUCUGUGCUAUAAGGUGGCUACACCAGUGCGUUAUGCAUUGACACUGGGUGGAACCACGUUAUCUAUCAAAUAUCUGGUGCAGUGGGGUCAUAUCAAGCCGAUGCCAACCAAGAGCCAGUUGAUAAAGAUGUACGAGGAUACGAAGGCUACGCGCGCCAGUGCCAAGGCUAGCAAGGAUGAGAAUCGCAAAUGAUCGACGGUUAUAAGGCGCCUUCAUCGUCGCCUAUUGUCGUUGUCACUUGCCAUUCGGCGUUCAGUUGGCUAGUUGUAUUUUUAUGUUAAGCUUUUUCACGUUCAUUAAGGCAAAUGUUGUUUCUGGAUAUUAUCUUCCCGCCCAGACGCAUCUGAAAACAUACAAUCGGGGAUAACAUAUUUUUUAACGCCGCUGCAUACGUUUGAGAGGAUUACACAUGAAUGAAUAUUUCAUAUAUAUAUAUAUAUAUAUUUUGUAAUAACAGUUUUGCAUAGUUUUUUGUUCGUUACGAAAUCAUUGCCUAUUGCCGUAUGUAAAGGAGAGCCAUACUCACACACUCAUGCGAUCUCGCAUGCACACAGCAGACUCAAUCAAACAUAAAUAUAAACAAGCAGACGCGCACAUUCACUGUCACGAAUACUCACACGUACUCACACACAUUCACAUUAACGGACACACAAUAGAAAGCAUCACGGUGCGGCAGCUUCCGAUACAAACCAAAAGGGAAUGUAUAUUUUGUAAAUGUAUUGAAAAAGUUAUCGAUAAAAAACCGAAGUGGUAUAAAACGUAAA